GAUAAAGACCUUACUAAGCAUAACCUGGCAUCACGAACCUCCAACCUCAAGCAUCACCUAGACCAAAGUACCCCAAGCAAUCGCGCCACCACCAUGCUUUCCCGGCGCAUUGUAGCAGCUCGCCCGCUGGCACGCGCUGUCGUCCCUGCCAUUGCCGCACGCCCACAGUUCAACCAAAUCCGACUCCGAUCCACCCCCACCGAGGUCGAGGAGCUCGACCCAGGAAUGAACGGUGGCUAUAUCAACCCACCAGCCGAGAAACGAAACAACCGCGAUCCUUACGGUGAUUACUGGGACAAGCAGGAGAGGCGCAACUACGGCGAGCCUUGCCAUGAGGAUAAUGAUAUUCUGGGCGCUCUGUCGCUACAUGAUUACAACCACUUCUCAGCUCGGUGGGGAUUUGUCCUCGCAGGCACCUUCAUUGCAACUGUUUUCGGACUCUGCGGAGCCGUGAAGUUGGUGUAUCCAGAUAAGAUCAGUAUCCCUAAGGCUUAUGAGGGAGGUUUGGAGGCUGAAUUAGGUGGACCGAAGGCUGUUAAGGCAAGGUCAGAGGGCGAGGAUGUUUACUGGAGACAUUAAAGAAAGAGUGCGUCAAAUGCGCCUUGUACAUAACCGAGAUUUUACAACACACAAAAUUCAGCAAUUUCAUUGCGUUCAAAUCUGAAAGCCUGAGUAUUAUCUUGUUAAGGAAU